AUGCAUUUCCUGAGCUUGCUCAUAGCACAUUUGGCAUACUUCAUUGGAACAAUUGCAGCUUUUGCAAAUACCGCUCCCACUUUUAUAAGGACCAGAUACGACGCACCGGGCUUAGUCGACAAACCCCAAUGGCUAUACAAAACAUUCAGCGAUGUGGACAUAUUGAUUUCAACGGAGUUCAAAGCACACGACCUUGGUGAGGUUUCAGAAGCUCCUCUCAACUAUUACCAGGUCAGGAAAUCUGAAUGGUUCUCAAAGCUGAGAAAUGUUGGUGGCAAGCUAUUACCCAUUGCCAACGUUGUAUACUCUGAUCGAACUGAGCCUGUUUUCAAUGAGUUUAAGAGUCGUGGAGCAUUGCCAAAGCUCUUAUCUGGCGCAGCAAUCGAUGAAGCGCUUGAAAGAGCCAAUACGGAUGAUCAUGACGAUUAUGUUAUCCAAAUUAUACCCGACCAUAAGGAGAAAGAAACAGAUGUGGUAGAUGCUGCCGCUGAGGAGAAAUUGCAAAAUUUGUACGAUCUCAACGACAAGGUGACUAGGAAAGAGAAAAAUGGAGAUGUUUCAGUAGAACAAGAUAUUGAUGCAGACUUUGCUGAGGCUAAUAGAUUAGCUGCUGAGGAAGACCAACCAGUUUCCAUAUUGGAAGAUAUUCCUUCAAAUUCAACCACAGUCAAACACGACAAUCUUUUCACAAACUAUCAAUUUUUCACUACUGGAAUUUGGUCUGGAUUGAUUGUGUCUGGAUUUUUGUUAUUGAUUCUUUAUGGUGCUUUGACUUGGCUUUCAGAUUUACAAAUCACGUAUGCCUCAUUUGAGAAGCAGGUUGACUUCGAUAAAAAGAAUGAAUAA